AAUCGGGGCGAACCGGGAUUCGAACCCACAAUCAUAACUAGGGGGUUUAGUCCUGAUAUGCGAACGCUUUCAUCACAAAGUUACCCCACCGCUUGAUAGUGAGCAUUGAAUAUUUUAUCCACGUCGCCACCGUUUAAUUCUAUCCGCUCCCUUACCUAGCGUACCGUUGGCAGGGUCGCGAGUAUUCGGGAUCAUAUCAUGGACUUAGUGUUAAUGUAUACAAAACUUGUAAAGGACAAUACCAUAUAACAUUUCUGACAGAGCAACAAUCCCAAAGGCACAAUCCUACAUCGCACAAUGCAGUACGUGACGAGUUUGUGAGUCGCGCUAAAGAUAGAUUUCUUUAGAAGACUGAUUCAUCAUAUGACUUAGGUAGUUCGUAGAUAUAUCGCUAGAAAUAGAUCAUUUCAUAAUAUGUCGACUCGUCUGGGAUUUCAGGGAAAUUCUAUUUUGAUCUACAAAUAUAAAUGGUCUCUUGGCACUUAAAUACUCCCGCAGUUAUUUAAACUGUGACAGUUCUAGGUUGAUCCCUGCAGCAGGAACGCCUAAGUCGCGAUGGGGAAGCUUGAGAACAACGUGGGUUGCAUUUUGCUCAACAACACCCAGAACCAGAUAUUAUUUGACUGUCUUGGACGAGGUUGUACGACCAUAGCGUCUGGUGUGGUAGAGCUGUACCUGGUGAGGUCUGAUGACUCCGGGUGGACGAGACACGCAUGUGGGGUGGCCUGUCUGGUGAAAGACAACACCAAGAGGUCAUUCUUCAUACGGGUGUAUGACAUACAGGAACAGCGGUUGCUAUGGGAACAGGAAUUAUACAUGCAAUUCCAGUACAAACGCCCAAGAGAUUACUUUCACACUUUCGAAGCUGAAUGGAGUCAGGCAGGUCUUAAUUUUGCCAAUGAAGAUGAAGCGCGGACGUUUGGGGAGACGAUUGUGUCAAAACUAAAACAGAGAUGCCGGCGAACUGUACAGCGGCGGAAAGAGAGACAGCUGCAAAUGGGUGCCGCUGACACCCCGAACAGACCGAGGCCAGUGUCCGCGCCUGUUACCGUCAACAUGAAGCAGACGACACCGAACGUCAAGGUCGCCAAGACGAAACCGACCAAGGGCGGCAGGAGGCUGAGCAAAGGUGACAUAAGUUCGCCAACAGACUUCAGGCGUGUCCAGCAUAUUGGAUUUGAUACAGAUGGCAACUAUGAUACCAAUAUCGUAGAACCGGAAAUGAAAAGGUUGCUGGAGACCGUCGGCAUUACGGAAAGAGACACCGACACCAUUGAGUUCGUCUAUGACUUUGUUGGGCGUAAUGGCGGCAUGCAUGUCAUUCGUGAGGCAAUGGCCAACAUGUCCAAAUCAACCAACCCUUCUGGAUAUAGGUCAGGCCCCCCAACACGACCACCUCCAGCGCAACCAUUGUCCCCAUUCUCAGGUCGUUCUGACCAUGGACUACCGCCUCCCAAACGUAGAGCUCAACUUGACCAAAGACCACCGCCUUCACCAAAGCAGGGUCCACGUGUCCCUCCCCGACGUACUCAAUCUUCAUACGGUGAACCCCCCUCUCCUCCUCCCCCUACCGUACAGCAGGGACCGCUGAUGCCAUCUGUUCGCCAACCCUUGGUACCCACGUACUCUCCGUCUUCGUAUCCAUAUACGGACCGCGCACAACGCGAUCCUACCCGACCCCCAGCAUCACCCCUCCGCCCACCGUCAGCUGCAUACAAACCUUCCCCAGUGAACACGGGUCCACCCUAUCCUCAAACAGCACAAGCGCCAUACCACAAACAGGACCAAGCCACCCCAUCUUCGACCUUUGCUUCAGGGCGCCCUGAAAAACCACCACCGCCACCACCACCAAAACAAAUGUCACUUGCUCAAAAACCACCCCAGAAAGAACCUGUUCCACCCGUUUCAUCCCCUUCUGUAGCGUAUCAAGCGCCACCCCAACCUUCUUCAAUUCCACCCCUAGCUCCACCCCCGCCUGCUUCAGUUCCACCCAUGGCUCCACCCCCACCGCCUUCAGUUCCACCCAUGGCUCCACCCCCACCUCCAGCGCCGAUUCCUGGUAAUGAUGCACUACCCGAAAAAUCACGUCCAGACUUCUUGAAUGCCAUACAAAAUGGCAUCACUUUGAAUAAGGUUGAGGUUGGAACGUCGAAUUUCAAGAGGAGGCAGUCGCAGGGAGACGGGCUGGUUACGCCCGACGACAGUAGCAAUAUUCUAGACGCGCUCUCCCGUGCACUCAAUAAAAGAAAAACAUUCAUUCAGGGACCAGUUUCAGAUGACGACGAGUUUGACGCUGAAGCCUAUGACAUUGACUGGGAAGAAGACGACAUGUAAUAUUUAUUAUGAGGACAUGUGUAUGAUACAAUUGCCAACCGCAUAGUACUAAAUAAUGUUAACACCAAACUGUCUCAUGAACAACACGAAGUUUUUGUAUUGUACGAUUUGUUACAACGUCAUGACGCCAUUAAUGGGGAAGCGUUCUUUAAGCGUUUAAUUGUGUGUUUAUAUUUAGCACCAAUCGUUUCUUUUCUUCUUUUAGUCUUUUUUAAUAAAUAGGGGAGGGGGAGGGGUGCUCAAGGAGCCUAAGAACUGUUUCCCUUGGCCUUGUCACGAUCCGCUGUUCGUGGUUUGGCAUUUUACAAUUAGUCCUAAUAACGAAUCUUGGCCUGUCAGUGGUAAACGCUGUCAUUCGGGGUAACCUUGGGUUUGCUGGUGUAACUGAAAGAGUGUUUAAAGCGGCCUUAAACGGCGAUCCGCUCACUCACGACUAUAAACACCGAGGGAAAAGUGUCUUGUUCAUGCCUGGUGGCAAACUCAUUCACAAACAUGCUAAUACACACUGUAAACAAAUGUCAACAUCGUGGAUGAACUUGUCUUUUAACAAAACAACAAUGUAUUUACAUGUUUUAAUAAAUUGUGUUUAUUU